CAGAUCGGAUAGUACAGCCCUAUGUCAGUCCGCCCGUAUUGUUUACAAUGAAUUCGGGUGUAUAAAUAAUGAUAAAAUGUAAUAAGCUUACAUUUACCGCUCAUUUUGUCAGUCAGUAACUUUAACAUAAGCAAGUUGUAUAGGAAAUAUGAGAAAAAAUAUUGUUAUUGUGGCAUGUAUUCUUCAAGUAGCUGUUUCUUGGGACUUCAUAUCCAAAAAUUGUUGCCCACCACACGAUGACGAGCAUUUAGGACGGAUUUGUGACGACGGAUCGCGCGCACCAUUAAUUGGCUGUUGUGGAAAUGGUCCAUGCAACGUUGCCUGCUGUAAUUGUGACAAUGGGUGUAUUAGUGGAAAGCACAAACCAUACAAACUGUUGGGAGUAUGGGGUGCUGAAAUUAGACCUAAUUUUGGUUUAACUGGCAAUAGUGCACCGGUAGCUGGAAGCGAGUUUGUCGAAGAGUUGGCCAAAACUGCUGCCAAAGAAAUUGGGAAAGGCACCUACGCAAUAGGUAGUGCUGCCGCCAAGAAUCCGAAUAAACAGGAGUCAGAUAUAGAAUACCACAAAUGGAACUAAAUGUUAAAUUUACGGGCUGUAACCUUUUACUUUUUCUCGGUAUUUUUUUUAAUUUUAAUAAAAUGUGAAUAAAGUUAGUAUUUGUGUUUAAUUAUGUUUUAUUUCUAUUAUUUUCUCUUUGUCUUUGCAUUGAAUAAGAAUAAUAUUUUAUGACAAUUAGUCUCUUUAUUGAGCAUAUUAGAAUUUUGAUAUUGACGUGAACUAAA